GUAAAUUGGUUUGCAACUCUGUAUCAUCCAGCCUUAUAUGUGGCUGGAACAGAAUUAAGACUGCUUAUUUUUACCUGGGUAGUUGCCAAUCACUUCAGUCUCUGGCUUGCUACAAUCCUCGGCAUCUUUUAUUUGCUCAAAAUAGCCGGCUUCUCCAGCCCCACUUUUCUCUAUCUGCAGUGGAGAAUAAAAGAAGUGAUCCUGAUGAUACUGCUAGGAAGCUUAAUUUUCUUGAUUUUAAAUCUGAUACAAAUGAACACACAUAUUAAGGACUGGGUAGCUGGAUUUGAAAGAAACACAACUUGGAAUGGCAAAAUGAGUGACUUUGAAACAUUUUCAGGGCUGGUCAUGUUCACUAUGACCAUGUUCACUGUAAUACCAUUUACUGUGGCCUUUAUCACUUUUGUCCUGUUAAUUUUUUCCCUGUGGAAGCAUCUCCAGAAGUUGCAGUUCUCUUUCAAAGGACACAGAGACCCCAGGACCAGGGCCCACAUAAAUGCCUUGAAAACUGUGAUCUUGUUUCUCCUACUCUAUGCUACUUUCUUUAUGUCGUUGCUCAUAUCAUGGAUUGCAAAGACGUAUCAGGUCAAACUGGUCCACAUGCUUUGUCAGACUAUUGGAUUCAUCUAUCCUUCAAUCCACUCCUUUAUCCUGAUUCUGGGAAACUCUAAGUUAAGGCAGGCCUAUUGGGUGGCAGCUAAGGUGUGGUCUAUAAGAUAA